AUGAGUACAGCGCAACGCAGUGAGAGCAUGAAUGCUUUUUUCAAUGGUUAUGUUCAUACUAAGACAAACUUGAAAGAGUUUAUCGAUCAGUUUGAUAGUGCGUUGAAAAAAAAAAUUGAGAGUGAAAAUAACGCGGACUUUCAUUCAUUUAGUGUUACCAUUCCUUGCAUAUCUAGAUCUCCUAUCGAAAAGAGGUUUCAAGAACUGUACACGAAUGCUAAAUUUAGGGAAGUUAAGAUGCAACUUACUGGCAUUAUCGAUUUGGAUCCAGAGUUACUUAAGAGGGAUGGUGCAGUAAAGACCUAUCUGGUAGAGGACGAAGUUUGGUUUGAAGAGUUCGAUAAGUUGGUUACGUUUUCUGUAGACUUUAGUGCGGAAGAUGCAGAUGCUAAGUAUUCGUGUGGUUUAUUCCAGAUGAGGGGUAUAUUGUGCACGCACAUUUUCGCUGUAUUUAAAUGUAAUGGGAUAAAAUCUCUACUAGAGAAGUACAUUUUAGACCGAUGGAGGAAGGAUAUCAAAAUGGAAUAUACGUUAAUCUAUAGAAGCUAUGACGCAGGGGAUCAACGGCCAGAUGCUUGCAGAUAUUCAAGUCUACUAAAAAACUGUUAUCAAAUGAUUACUCAUGCAACGGGUUCAAAAAAAUAUACUGAGGAUGCCACACAUAAGUUACAUGCAAUGAUUGAAUUAUAUACUGAGAAUCAAGAACCCCCAUUGUUGACCCUCAUUGGUUCCAAUGUUGGUUGUACUCAAAAUGACACACCCACAGUGGAUAGCUCAAAACAAGUACUCAGUCCAUUAGUUGUCAGAGGGAAAGGCAGACCUCCAUCUCUGAGGAGAGCUCCCAGAAUGGAGAAAGACAUGCGGAAAGUUAAAGGAGAGACAAAGAAAGCACUAGUAAACCGAAAACAGAAACAUGUUCACAUUAUUGAAGCUUUAAAUAUACAUGUUUAG